AUCAUCGCCCCCGCUGCUGGUCAAUUUUGAACCUGUACGAAAGCCUUUCAGCGGCUCCUGAACGCUUGUCGGCUACAGCGAAGCUGGGCGGGCUCAAAGCCAAGAUACUGUCGGCGACCCGUACUCCACCUUCACCGCCCGCCUCUUCUGGACCCAGCUGCCAAGCCCAGUGGCUCUCGAGAGCGACGAACCCUGCAGGGCCGGACACAGCUUGCCCACUUGCUGAAGCCCAACAUGUCAGGGCAAUCUCCGCUGAUAUCCAUUCCUGCGAAGCAGACGGAAGAAGUGGAUCUGGCAAGCCCUGUAGCUCAACUCAUCCGCAGCUCAUAUGGGGAGGACCCUAAGAGCCAUGCUGAAGCACUCAGUGCGCUCAAUCGCGCUCGUCAAGACGCAGUCCGAGGCGCUGGGAGCGAUGCUACCGCUCGCGACCUGCUUUACAAGUGGUUCCACAUGCUUGAAAUGCUCGAAUUACGGUUUCCGGAGCUUCGAGUGCCGUUUCCUUGGAAGGAUGCUUUCACACAGAAGCCCAUUUCUCAACACUCGCUAGCAUACGAGAAAGCGUCGGUCAUCUUCAACAUUGCCUCUGCUUUGAGCGCCAUCGCAUCGCGCGCUUCGCGUCUGUCUAGCAGCGCGUCUUCUGGUGCCGCCUCCGCCGCUGAUGCUAGUACUGCAUCGACGACCACAGCAGGCCCAGUUCCCGACGGCCUAAAGCUAUCAUUCCUCUCACUGAGACAAUCUGCUGGCAUGCUGAGCUACAUCAAUGACAAUUUCCUCCACGCCCCUUCCACUGACAUGUCGAAAGACGUCGUCAGAUGGCUUGUAGACCUCAUGCUUGCUCAAGCUCACGAGGUCCUGUGGGAAAAGAUGGUUAACGAAGGCAAGAGUGCUAGCUUGGCUGCUAAACUUGCCGCCUCCGCUGCAGAAAAGUACGAUCAUCUGGAAAAGGAGUCCAAGGAGUGGGUGGGCAAGGGUGUCUUUAAUCGUGCAUGGGCUGCGCUAGUUGCCUGCAAAGCAAAAUAUUUUGCUUCCAUCGCUCAGUACUACAGAGCCAAUGCUGAUCAUGCAGCAGGCAACCAUGGAUCGAACCUUGUGCGCCUCACACUCGCCGAGACGCUUGCCAAGCAAGCCCAGAAGCUGGCGGGCUCCUUUGCUAGCUCCGCCACUGGAAGUGCAGGUAGUUGGUCCGGCGGAUUUGGCUCCCUGGACAGUUCGCCUCCCGGCUCGCCAUUUGCCACCAGGUCCGAGACGUCUGAAGCCGGUCAGACCUUACCAAGCGAUGCAGCGGAGACCAUGCAGGUGUUGACGGCCACACAUCUCGCGCUGGUUACUGGAAGAAAGAAUGUUGCGGUAAAGGACAAUGAUCUUAUCUACCACGACAUCCUUCCGCCUGAAAGCACGUUGCCUAAUAUCGACACACUGACUGCUGCCACGCCCAUCAGUAUACAGGAUAUCUACUCCAGCCCAGAGGUGCAAAAGCUGAUCGGAGUACCAGUAGCAGGAGACGGAGGAACAGCAUCAAGGGGCGGAGCGAGCGGCCUUGCGAGCAACGAUCUCUUCAGCCGUCUUGUCCCGCUGGGCGUGCAUGAAGCCGCUAGCCUAUACUCAGAGGAGAAGGCGCAAGUUGCGCGCGGAGAAGCCGAGCGUGUAGAUCUGGCCGAUGGAGAGCUGGCGGCGGCCUUAGAGUACAUGGGCUUGCCGUCUGCUCUGCUCAAAUUCAGAGGAGCUGGACCUGCAGGUCUGAGCCAAGGAGCUAUCAAUUCGCUCGCCGACCCCGGCUCUGAAGUUCGAGCGUGGGCAGAGGAGGAGCGCGUGGGAGGGGCAUCACAUGAUGCGGAAGGGCUUGGUCAAGGAGGCGUAGAAGCCGCUCUGAGAAGUAUUGACGCACGCAAGCACGCAUCACAGAGCGACCUAGACGCGGCGCUACGGCUGCUGGACGAGGACAACGCAGCUUGUGAGAAGCUUAGGGGCAGAUUUGGAAGCGGAUGGAAGCAAGAACCUCAGGGUGCUGCCGCGCGCACACUGAGAUCCGAUGCCAAGAGUCACAAAGAGGCUUUGCAGCAAGCUAGAGCAAACGAUGACAAGCUCAAUGAGCUGUGGAAUCAGGCCAGAUUUGGCAUUCAAGUUCUCAUGGGCGAUCGUGAUGAACUCGAAGGCGCAUUUGCUCAGGCAGUAGCGAGCGCUUCUUCGGACUCACAUACCGGACAAGCGGGCUUGCUAGACUUGACCGAGGAUGACGAGCGCGCUUCGGAUGAGGAGCUCAAAGCUUUAUCACGAGCAGUUGCAGCGAUCGAGCAGCAUCUCAGCACGCUACACAAGAUCAAGAAGAGCAGGGCGGAUACACUUGCGGAUUUGAGGGCAAAGAUACAAUCGGAUGACAUUUCGCACCUGUUGAUUCUCAAUCGACGUUCUCCACCAGAGGCUCAACGGAGCUUGUUCUCGCAAGAGUUGGAAAAGUUCAAAGCGCACCAGAUUAAGCUUGCGAGUACAUCUGCCGAACAGGAAAAGGUCCUUGCCGAACUUGCGAGGGAGUGGAAAGAAAUCACAGAGUCCAAAGUUGGACGACGAGUUGAAGGCGACUGGAACAAGAAAUUCAAGGCAAAGGCCGCGCUGAUCGCAAAGCUGAAACGGGCCAAGGAGACCAACGCGCAAGCGAGAGCGGGCGUGGCCAAGGCUGUGCAAUUUUACGCGGAAGUAGAAGAAGUGGCUGCAGAGCUGAAACGAAGCGUCAGUUCAUUUAUUGAUGAGAGGUCGGCGGAGAGAGAAAGGCUCAAAUCGGAAGCAGAAUGGGAAGAGAAAGGCAAGGAUACCAGCAGUGCAUCAGCUGCGAGUGAGCUGAACAGAUCUUUCGGUAGUCUCAACAUGGGCGCACCAAGAGGUCCAAGUUCACCUCCGCCGUCUUCUGCGUAUCAAAGUCCCAGAACCGCGCAACACACACCAGGACCUUAUUACCCAGUACCUCCGCCUCCUGCGCAAGGCGCAUACGUGUCUCCAUCCGGACCUUCCUCUCCGACGCACCCCAACCCAGCGCCUGCGUCACCCUACGAGGGGCUCUCGGCCUUUGAAUCUUUUGGGUCGUUUGGAGCAUCAUCUGCUGGCACGCCUCGACCGCCCCCUCCCCCUGCUCCCACUCCUCAGACUGUGCAUGCUUCAUCUUCUCCAGCUACAACGCAACCCAACCAAUCGUAUCCCUACCCUACGCCUUCUCAACCUGGUCAGCAACACUUGUAUCAGCAACAAGGUGCACAACCGCCUCCACCCCCCGGCAGGCAGCCUUCGUUACCUCCUCCUCCAUCACAGUAUACCUCUAGUGUACCUCAGGGGUAUGCGGGAGCCUACGUUUCGGCCACUGCUGCCCCCUCGUCCCAAUCACAAUGGCAGACCUCGCAACCCUCUGCACCGGGCAACUACGCGCCUCAGUACUCCUCACAUUAUGGCAGCGCACCGCCACCUCCGCUACCCUCGCACUAUGGUGCGCAACAGCCUCAGCAGCAAAGCUGGCAGUCACAAUCUGCCCCUCCACCGCCUCCCGCUCAAAUGUACGGAUACGGACAAGGGCGUGCAUCCACUGGGCCACCACCUCCACCGCCGCCUCACGGAGGCUACUCGAGUCAGAGUCAGCAGCCGCAGUACGGCUCGCAAGGUUAUCGACCCAGCUACUGACUUUUCCACUGCCGAUCACCUGGUCAUUACGGGAAAUGUGAUGUUUUGCCGCAGUUU